GCUGCUGAGCCAUCAGCCGACCGCAGCCGUGGGGGGGAGAUCGGGUGUCCUCAGCGCCACUCGUGGGCCCUGAGGGCCAGCCAGGGCCUCGGCUGCAGAGGCUGGAAGGGAGAGCCUGUCCCGUCUGCGAAGCCCGGCAAUGACCCACCACGGUGUGACGUCUGGCCAGGGCCACCCGAGGUCCGGCCGGGAGCCCAGAGCGCAGAGAUCCCGGCGGGACCCCAGUCUGGGACUCCUGCGGACCGUAGCGGGCCUGACGCUGGUGCUGGCCCUCUCGGACUCCGUGGCUCUCUGUGCGCCCAUUGGAGCUCACCUGCUUCCUGCCCAAGGUUAUCCUGCCAAGUUCAAUGGCAUCAUGCCCCAGCUCCAGAAUGGGUGGUGGAACCUCACCUGCCCAGCCUGCAAAGUCAUAUUCUCUGUCAUCAACUACGGGCUAAAGAAGGAGCCCAAUGUGGCACGACUGGGCUCCGUGGUCAUCAAGCUGUGCAAGGUGCUGAACAUAGCACCACCCAACGUGUGCCAGUCAGCCGUCCGGCUCUUUGAGGAUGACAUGGUGGAGGUGUGGAGACAUUCCGUGCUGAACCCAUCUGAAGCGUGUGGCUUGCUCCUGGGGUCUACCUGUGGGCACUGGGACAUCUUUUCAUCUUGGAACAUCUCUUUGCCAGCCGUACCAAAGCCAACCCCAAAGCCACCAAACCCACCAGCCCCAGGUGCCCCUGUCAGCCGUGUCCUCUUCCUGACUGACCUCCACUGGGAUCAUGACUACAUGGAGGGGACAAACCCUAACUGUGUGGAUCCGCUGUGUUGCCGAAGGGGCUCUGGCCAGCCACCCAGCUCUCAGCCCGGCGCCGGGUACUGGGGGGAGUAUAGCAAGUGUGACCUCCCGCUACGGACAAUAGAGAGCCUACUGAGUGGACUGGGCCCGGCCGGCCCUUUCGAGAUGGUAUACUGGACAGGAGACAUCCCUGCCCAUGACGUCUGGCAACAGUCUCGUAAGGACCAGCUGCGGGCCCUGACCACCGUCACAGACCUCAUCAAGAAGUUCUUGGGGCCCAUACCAGUGUACCCUGCUGUGGGCAACCACGAGAGCACACCCGUCAAUAGCUUCCCUCCCCCCUUCAUAAAGGGCAACUACUCCUCAAGCUGGCUCUAUGAGGCCAUGGCCGACGCAUGGGAGCCCUGGCUACCUGAGGAAGCCCUUCACACCCUCAGAACUGGGGGGUUCUAUGCCCUUUCCCCACGUCCUGGCCUCCGCCUCAUCUCUCUCAAUAUGAACUUUUGUUCCCGCGAGAACUUCUGGCUCUUGAUCAACUCCACAGAUCCUGCUGGACAGCUCCAGUGGCUGGUGGGGGAGCUUCAGGCCGCUGAGGACAGAGGAGACAAAGUGCAUAUAAUUGGCCACAUUCCCCCAGGGCACUGCCUGAAAAGCUGGAGCUGGAAUUAUUACCGAAUUGUAGCCAGGUAUGAGAACAUCCUGGCUGGUCAGUUUUUCGGCCACACUCACGUGGAUGAGUUCGAGGUCUUCUACGACGAGGAGACUCUAAGCCGUCCAGUGGCUGUGGCUUUCCUGGCACCCAGUGCCACCACCUAUAUCAACCUUAACCCUGGGUACCGCGUCUACCACGUAGAUGGAAACUACUCCGGGAGCACCCAUGUGGUCCUGGACCACGAGACCUACAUCUUGAACCUGACCCAGGCCAAUGCGCCAGGAGCCGCACCACGGUGGCAACGCCUCUACGGGGCUCGAGAGACCUACCAGCUGCCAGACGCGCUGCCUGCCUCCUGGCACAACCUGGUGUACCGCAUGCGCGAUGACGAGCGACUCUUCCAGACCUUCUGGUUUCUCUACCACAAAGGCCACCCGCCCUCGGAGGCCUGCGGCUCGCCCUGCCGCCUGGCCACCCUGUGCGCGCAGCUGUCGGCCCGCGCCAACAGCCCGGCGCUGUGUCGCCACCUAGUGCCCAACGAGCGCGUCCCGGCGGCGCUGCCCUCGUGGUCAAGGCCUCCUUUCUGCUAGCGCCCCGGGGAUGCCUAGAGCCCGGGGGGAAAGUGCUGCAUUAGGAAAGGAUCAAAUACCUGAGUGCUGCUGAGUCAACCCGGCCAGAACUUGGGGAGAAGAGCCUGAGUUAGGCUGGGUGACAGGCCCUUCUCUGGAGCCGGUUUGGCUGGAUUGAGCAGCUUUGGCCGCCCCACCAGUGCCUCGCAUCUGGAUUCCCCAGGGACUGUGGGCCUUAAAAACCCAGACAGCUAGCUAGACAGGAGCUGUCGCCCUAGGCGGGCACUGUUCAGCUAGCUAGCAUUCUGUACUGCUGCUACUGGAUCCUGCCGUGGUGAUAAAAUAAAGGCUUGGACUCCAGA